UCCACGCGACAACGACUUUGCCACGGCGACAUUUUACUUGAUUGACCUCCGUCUCCCACUCGUCCCCCAAUUCUGAGCCCUAAUUUCAUUCAAUUCAAUCAAUUUUCCCCCCUUUUGAUUUUGAUCUCAUUUUAUCCCUCAAUUCUCCUUUCUUCAACUUAUUUCAGAUUAAUUCUUGCUCAAUUCCGAUAUUUCAUCAGUUUCUUUUCGACAUCACAUUCAAAUUACUUCUGCUUUCCUCUCAUUGUUUCUGUAAUUUCCUCUUUGCUUGUUUCUUUCUACGAUUUGAGCAGCUUUUUAUUUUAAUUUUCGGGGAUGAACUUUUGGAGUUGGGUAUUCAAUAUUUGAAUCAUGGGUAGCAGUGAAACGGAUAAAACACCCAAGGAGCCGAAAACGCCGGCUCCAAUUACCACCCAAGAGCAGUCUUCAGCGACUAGCACGGCAACUGUGAAUGCUGAGUGGUCUGGGUUUCAGGCAUAUUCACCUAUUCCGCCUCAUGGUUUCAUGGCAUCUAAUCCCCAAGCUCACCCCUACAUGUGGGGUGUUCAGCACAUAAUGCCUCCAUAUGGUACUCCGCCUCAUCCAUAUGUGGCCAUGUAUCCUCAUGGUGGCUUAUACGCGCACCCAUCUAUGCCUCCGGGUUCUUAUCCUUUUAGCCCAUUUGCGAUGCCUUCCCCAAACGGCAUAGCUGAUGCUCCCGGAAAUAUUCCUGCAAGUACUGAGGCUGAUGGUAAGCACCCUGAGGGGAAAGAGAAGUUGCCGAUAAAAAGAUCAAAAGGUAGUCUGGGCAGUCUUAAUAUGAUUACAGGCAAAAAUAAUGAAGAAGGCAAAACAACAGGACCUGCUGCUAACGGCGCCUGUUCAAAAAGUGCAGACAGUGGAAGUGAUGGUUCAAGUGAAGGAAGUGAUGCAAAUUCGCAAAAUGACUCUGGAGGAAGAGAAGAAGCACAAGAAGCUGAUGCAUCUCAAAGUGGAAAUUCCGCUCAUGUUGCUCAGAAUGGCGUCUUAAAUGCUCCUCAUAUGGUGAAUCAUGCGAUGGCUAUGGUGCCAAUGACAGCACCUGGUGCUCCGGCGUCAGUUCCUGGACCUGCCACUAAUUUAAAUAUUGGAAUGGAUUACUGGGGUGCUCCCGCUUCGUCUCCUAUCCCGGCUAUGCGAGGAAAGGUUCCUUCUGCACCUAUUGCUACAGGAAUUGUUCCAGCUGGAUCACGGGAUAACUUACAGUCACAGCUUUGGUUGCAGGAUGAGAGGGAAAUUAAGAGACAGAGACGUAAACAGUCUAAUCGGGAAUCUGCUCGUAGAUCCAGACUGCGUAAGCAGGCUGAAUGCGAUGAGUUGGCCCAGCGUGCUGAAGCAUUGAAAGAAGAGAAUGCUAAUCUUAGAUCAGAACUUAGCCGAUUCAGGAGUGAUUAUGAGCAGCUCAUGGCAGAGAAUACUGCACUUAAGGAGAGACUUGGUGAAAUUCCCGAAGAUUUGGGAUCUAACCGAGCUGGACAACCUUUGGUUAGUGAAACUCAGGAGAGCAGCAAAACAGAUCAAGUGUAGAGCGGUGAUUUAAGAUCUGAGUCAUCAAUUAUCUGCUUCACCCAAGUUUUGAGAAGCAUAAACUAACAUAGUAGUUACAUGAAAAUCAUCAGUAUACUUCUACUGUUGCAUUUGCCAAAAUCUGACCUUUUAGUUUAAGAAUCUAGUCUAUCUCACAUGAUUCAUAACGUCCUAUUUGGCAAAUCUCAAAUUUUUGGGAUCGGUAAAAUUGUGGCAUGCCCAGAUUCCCAUUUGUAUUGUUGUAGAGGUAGUAAUAGAGUUCACACUGUGAGAGUUGAUUGCCCUAGAUGCGGCUUACUCGAAAAAAUAACUCUGAGGAUGAUGUACAAUUAACGUAGCUGUAUAUGGAAGAUUUUCUUUUCUUUUUCUUGGUCAUGUUUUGCAAUGUCCUUUGUAGCUGAAAGGGCAUUGAUUAUUCUCUAGGAUUCGUACGCUAUAGCUUCUAAAUUUUACCUUAUUGCUGAAAUAUUGUGGCAUUUUAUGGCAGUAUGAAUGAAAUAUUAAGUCUAAUUUUGUGA